AUGAAUCAAGUGAAUGAAGGAGAUGUAAUUCAGAUUCCAGAAUACCUAAAAUAACAAUAUGGAGAGUGGGGAAAUUAUUUUUCAAUGCAGUUCAUUGGUUCUAAUUUAUCAAUAACUUUGUUAAUGUCCAUACUUGAUUGUCUUCUGGCUAAUAACCAUUUUGAGAAGCUGAGAACAUUAGUUAAUCCAAAUAAACCAUAUACUCGUUAUGCUUAGGAGAUUGCUCAAAAAAUAUAAAGUUGUAUUUUAAAAGAUAGAAAUUUAUCCAAAUUCUAUCAUUCAGCAUCAAUAAAUGAUCCUAAUUUUACAAGAGCUAAAUCCUUACUAUUUGAGUUUUGCAAUUACCCCCAGCAAAUGAUAGUAAAUGAUCUCAUAUAAAAACUCUACGCUUUGAGCAAGGUCUUCCAACUAUCAUUUUGUAUUUUUGGAGAUUAUUUUCUGAAAAUGGGUACAUAAAAAACCAAGAUAUUUAUUUACUUGAAAGAUAACCAAUAUUAUUACAUUAGAUAGUUUGAUGAGAACUAACAAUCAAAUGUGGGUGAAAUGGAUCCCUCAUAAUCUAAUUAAUAAUAACAUUUAAACUAAAACAGUGAGCCCAAUAAUUUUGAUGUAGAUAAUGGAAUAAAUCUUAUUUUUAAAUUCAAAUUGAUUGAGGUUUAUCAUGAGAGUGAAAAUAGGAAUGAUACCAAAUUAGUAUAGGUUUAAUAGAAUCACUAAAAAGAGUUAACUGAAAAUUAAAUUGAACAAGAAAAUCAUUAGGAUAAUAAUUAAAAGAAUCAUUAAAAUAAUCUUUAAGAGAAUCAUUAGCAUAAUCAUUAAGAUAAUUUUACUUAAUCAGAUUAAACUUGUAUGAAUUGCAAUGAAGCAACAUAAACUCCACUUUUUGUUAAUAAGGCUUGCAAUCAUCAGUUUUGUUCAAAAUGCUUAAAUUUAAAAAUAACUAAUGUUGAAAUAAACUAUAAAUGUUUAAAUAGAGAUUGUUCUUCAUUAAUCGACCUAUAAUCUUAUUAUUCAUAUUGCUCUGGAGAUGCUUCUAUAAAUAAAAGAGUAGAAAUAAUCGAGCUUGAAUUUAAAUAAUGCAACAAUUGUGGUAAAAAUGAAUUAAAAAGAAAAUAAUUGAUAAGUGCUUAAAAAAAUAAUUUGUGCAGAGAAUGCUCUAGAAAAUCUACAACAACUUUAGAAUAACAACAAAUUCCAAAUUAGUAAGAAAUUGAUUUAGAAAAAAUAAAAGAGUAAAGUAUUCUCUUUGGAUGUUCUAAUUGCUAAGGAAAAAUCGAUAGAAGACAUUUAUAUUUUGAUGAAAAUUGUUUGCACCUUUUAUGCUUUUGUUGUUCAAAUAAUUUGAUAUUGAACAGAAAUAGUUAUUCUGCUAAACUUAGAUGUCCAGUUCUAAAUUGCACUUAAUUUUUAAAUCAACUUAAUUUUGAUUAUUAUUUUGAAAAGUAAUAAUAAAUACUACUUCAAUAAUAAGAGCAGUAGUAAGCAGAAUAGAAAUAAGAUAUUUUCAUUUAACCCUUAGAACAGGUAAGCGAAAAAUAGAAUAUAGAACUACAAAUGGAAGUAUAAAUGACUGAGGAAGAAGAGUUAAACUAUUAGACUAUUGGUUAAUGUACUUUUUGUUCUACAGAUUUUUCUAUUUAUAAUAAGCGCUAAAAAUUAGAUUGUAAAAAGCAUUAAAUUGGAGUUUGCUGUUCCUUAAUGAAUUUCAUUUGCCCCUAAUGUAAUGAGAUGCAAUUUUAAAAUUCAAAAAAUUUCAAUAAUAUGUCUGGCAUAUUUAAGCUUAGAAAGGACAGUAAGUAAACUUUUGACAGUUGUUAAUUUCAAUUCGACUGA